UGAGGCACCCCCAGCUGCUUCCUGCAAUCGGCUUGUUCAGUCAAGGAACACAGGUGCAGCAGAUGCUGACUCAGCCCGUGCCAUUAAGAUUUACAAAGCAAGAAGAAAUUAGGAAGCUAUGGGCAGGGCACGCAGGCCUCUACCUGGGCAGCACAGACAUUGUGAGAAAUGCUUUAACCUGCACUGCCACAUUCCUGUGGAGCCUGAUGUCUCCUGUCUGGUGAUAAACUGCCACCUAUCCUGUGGUGCCACCUUCCACAUGUGCAAAGAGGCAGAGCAUGAGCUCCUCUGCCCUCUAGAGGAGGUUCCGUGCCUCAACUCCGAAUAUGGCUGCCCCCUUUCCAUGUCCCGCCACAAGCUGGCCAAGCACUUGCAAGUGUGCCCUGCCAGUGUGGUCUGCUGCUCCAUGGAGUGGAAUCGCUGGCCAAAUGUGGACUCUGAAACAACCCUUCACGAGAACAUCAUGAAAGAGACCCCCAGUGAGGAGUGUUUGGAUACAGCUCUGGCCCUCCAGGACCAGAAGGUCCUUUUCAGAUCUUUGAAAAUGGUAGAACUUUUCCCAGAAACUAGAGAGCCCACCGAGGAGGAACCUACUGUGAAUGGUGAAGCCAGCUGGGAGGAAAUGGGAGGAGCAGUGGGUGGGGCAGAAGCCAGUUUGGUACCACAUGGAUCUCUAUCAGCAACUAAUGGAGAGAUGGCAGAACUGAGUCAAGAAGAACGAGAGGUGUUAGCCAAAACCAAAAAAGGGAUGGACCUAGCCAAGUUUGACAAGUGGGAAAACAUAUUCAGCAAAGAGCAUGCAGCCUCUGCUUUAACAAGCUCAUCAGUAGGCUGUGAGAGCAAGAGUGGAAACAGCCCAGGGAAAGAACAGAUUUCUAGCGACAAUAACAUGGUAGGAGAGGAUGCUCUCAAAGAGAAAGAACUGCAGGAAAACCAGAAGCAGCAGGACUUUCAUGCAGCCCUGGAAACGACAGGGCUCGCCCCUUGGCAGGAUGGUGUUCUGGAAAGACUGAAAACAGCUGUGGAUGCAAAAGACUAUAAUAUGUAUCUGGUGCACAACGGGAGGAUGCUUAUUCACUUUGGUCAGAUGCCCGCUUGCACACCUAAGGAGAGAGACUUUGUUUAUGGCAACCUUGAGGCUCAGGAAGUGAAGACAGUUUAUACCUUCAAAGUUCCUGUGAGCUACUGUGGGAAGCGGGCUCGUGUUGGAGAUGCCAUGUUGAGUUGUAAACCAAGUGAACACAAGGCAGUAGACACUUCGGAUUUAGGGAUUACGGUGGAGGACCUACCCAAAUCAGAUCUCAUCAAGACCACACUCUUGUGUGCUUUAGAAAGAGAACUUAAAGGUCAUGUCAUCUCUGAGUCCAGAAGCAUUGAUGGGCUGUUCAUGGAUUUUGCUACACAGACAUACAAUUUUGAGCCAGAACAAUUUUCCUCUGGUACAGUGCUGGCUGACCUCCUAACCACUGCCUACCCAGGGGGGCUCCAUGUGGAACUCCACAGUGAGUGUGUGACUAGGAGACACAACAAGAGCAGCUCUGCCUUCACUUUCACUUGCAACAAAUUCUUCAGGAGGGAUGAAUUCCCCCUACAUUUCAAGAAUGUCCACACAGACAUUCAGUCAUGUCUCAAUGGCUGGUUCCAGCAUCGAUGCCCUCUCGCCUACUUGGGAUGUACAUUUAUUCAAAACCAUUUCCGUCCCCCAGGGCAAAAGGCAAAGGUGAUCUAUAGUCAGGAGCUCAAGACCUUCGCCAUCAAGCCAGAGGUUGCUUCAGAGCUGAGUGAGACAAAGAAGAACCAUCUCUCAGGCCAUGGAGGGAAAAGCCAGAAUGGUCUAACCAGCCUGCCACUGGAGGUUUUGCAGUACAUUGCUGGGUUCUUGGACAGCAUCAGCCUGUCCCAGCUUUCCCAGGUGUCUGUGCUGAUGAGAAAUAUCUGUGCUACUUUGUUACAAGAGAGAGGGAUGGUCCUCCUGCAGUGGAAGAAGAAGAGGUAUUCUCAUGGAGGCACCUCCUGGAGAGUCCACAGAGAGAUCUGGCAGUUCAGCAGCCUCUUCUCCAAAAUCAAGAGCUGGGAGUUUAAUGAAGUUGCCUCUAUGUCUGAACACCUGAAGGCCUGUCCUUUCAAUGUUGUAGAGCAUAAGACUGACCCAGUUCUUUUGACCAGCAUGUGUCAGCUCCAGGAGCCGGCCCGAGAGAGCUUAGUCACCACCUUUAGAGUCCGACCACGAGGAAGACACACCUGCUAAAGAUUCAGAUGCCACCAUUCUUGGAUUCACCCUCUGGGUUACUGAAAGUAGGACAGAGUGUGAUUUUGAGGACUUUCUUCUGUAAACUGCAUACGUGCUUAUCUAGGUGUAUUGGAACGUGCACUGCCCUAAACCUGAGUAGUUGCACAAGGUCUAAGAAUUUCCCAAGCCAUGGCUUGUACACUUGCUAUAAGGGCCAUACUGAUAACUUAUUUCCUUCCCCCACCCUUUUUUUUUUUCCUAAAACAAAUCAGUCUGAGGAGAAAAUAGAUAACUUGAGGCCACUUGAAAGAUGAGCCCAAGUCUUAGGAAACAAGAGAGCAGUGAAAUUCCAUAACGAGCACAGGCCUGUGCUUUUGUGGGGAACAUUUUAGUUGAUAAGCAUUUACAAAUAUAGGGGGCAGGUAAUGCAGGAGUGGGUACUGAGGUGCGUCACAGGGCACCCAGGGUGAAGGGCACAUGGUUUGAUGGUUCUGGAGCUGGGGUUAUCUUGAUGGUUAAGUCCAGGUCUUCUUUUAGUCACUCCACUGCCUGUAAGCCCAGGAAGUCCGAGCACAGCACAGCCCUAUAAAAUGGAAACCUUGGCUGAGCACAGCAGCCUCAAGGGCACCGCAGGCCAAAGAAUGAGAGGCAGAAAUGAGGUCGCAGAGUUUGUUGUGGAGAAUCUUGGCAAUAUAUAGAAGGACAGCCUUGCGCAAUGAGGAAGAAUCCAAAGGAGACAUUGUAUUAAUGGAGAAAACUAGCACCAAAAGCCACAAGCCUACUUUUAAACAUGUCAAAAAUGACCUAAGAGUCAAGGUUCUUUUCUUCUUAAAAUUAUAUUCUAGGUGUGGAUUAGGGAAGCAUAGGCACCAGCCUGAGCUAGCUGAGAUGACCACAAGACACUAACACCAACUUCAGCGUCAUGCAAGAAUGCAUGCCCGGAGAGAUCACACGUUCAGCGAAGUCCAGACAAGGCCCACUGCAGUUCCUGUGGCACCAGCCACCAGGUCCCAGACACCACUCGAGUACCUGGUGGGGGACCAUGAGAAGGAACACUCCUGCACAUAGUAGUUCCUUGUAAUUGCUCCUACCUAUUGUUGUUCAUGACUCCAGUCUGUCAGAAAUGGGUGAUAUGUUGGUCUUGGGUGACAAACAGUGAAUACUCAUGAAAACAAGAGUAAAAUACAUAAUAGAAACUGCCAUCCCCUUAAGCAGGAUUUCGCAGAACUACUGACAUUUUGAACUGAAUAAUUCUUUGUUGUAAGGGACUGUCCUGUGUGUUAUAGGAUAUUUAGCAGCAUCUUUGGCCUCUAUCCAAUAGAUACCAGUAGCACUCCCACUGCUGUAACAACCAAAAGUGUCUCCAGACAUUGCCAAAUAUCCUCUGGGAAUGAAACCACUCUGGGUUGAGAACCACCCUAAACAAUGUCAUACCAGUGGCAGUAACUUAGGAUAAGCUUUUUAGUACAACAAAAUCUUACAUAAUGAUCUACAAUGGUUAUGAUUUUAUGUAGCUCUUCUUUAUUUACUAGGUAAGUUUUAGACAGAUGUGAUUUUAAGUUGGGAGCCAGAUGGAGCUGAUUGUUUGGUGUGGCUUCAUGUCCUUAAGUCAUGUGCAAAAAAAUACAUCCUUUCAGCUCUCUCCAGAUAUAGCAGAAGCAGGGCAUAUUGAGCUAUUUAUCUUGUGUUUCUUUCCCUCUCACCUGAAUCAGUGCCAUUUUCCCAGCAGUCCUCAAGCAAGUGAGAAAGAAGGGAAAAGGGACCAGGUAUUAUGGGGAAGCAGAGAACAAAGAAUUCAACAACGAAAAGAAAGAGUCUAGUCAAUAUGGAUGCUUUUUGUUGCCUGGGUCUCUCUCUGAACAUGGUCCAGAGCUGGUAUAGAUGAAGUAGAAGACACUUGUGAGAAGAGUCAAGGAGGUAUUAGAGCAAGUCCCAGAGUAGAAAUAUGCUCAUCUUUUCAUUAUCAUGCACCACUUGGUACUAGUUGGUAAAGUAACUCUGUUUCUUAAACCUUUUUUCUUGGUUUAUAUUUCACAUUUGUAUAUAAGGCACCAUUUUCUAAAAAUACAACUAGAGUGUGAGCUAUGAUUUUAUUCAGUGAAGAUGAGUAACUGGAAACAACUGAACACUGAAGCGGGAAAAAAGGAAAAGUUCUCCUUUUGAAUCUAGUUCCCUCCUAUCUGGAGAAAGAAAGCUCCUGAUAUCCACUCAGGGUCUCUUCUCUUACUAGAAAAAGAGAGAAAGGGAGCUAUUGACCAAGGGAGAUGAAAAUCAGGGGCUGCUCUUAGGCAGAUGAGAAAUAGAGAGAAAGGAAGAGAGCAGAGGGUUUUCUUUCACAACCUGGGCAGCUCAGGGUUCAGGAGAGCAGCCAGGAGACUGCCCGUAUGGCUCUGUGGGCUGCACACUUGCAGUCCAUCUUUAUUUUCCUAGUUGCUGCCUUUGGAGCAAUAUUGAUCAACAUCAUCAAACACAUUUUGUAAGAUAUCUAAUUGAAUAUGUUGCAGGAAACCAGGGUACUACAGGUAUCCACCGGUCUACACAAACAAGCACAUUUUAUGGUGAGAGGGCAGUUGGAGCAAAAAGGAAGCCUUUUAGAGAGACUGUGGAUCAGACAGAAAAUUGACUGGAUUCAUGAGAUGAGGCCAUGGUGAGUAGCAUGAGCAGCAGAAUUACCUGACAGAAGCAAGACAGCUAGACAUGGCCUCAGAUUAAGAAGCAGCUGAGCAGAGUGAAAAGGAAUAGGAAUAGGAGCUUGGACAGGGAGGUGUCUAUGAACAGACUCUUUAAUAAGUAUCACCACCAAGAAGUCAAUCCAGAGUAGAGAUCAGCCAGACGUGGAAGGUGAAGUCUGUAGCACUGAAGCAGAAAGGAAGUUUUUGUCUUAUAAUGAAGGGAAAAGUGAAAAACAAUGUGGGACUUAGAGAUGUAACAGGAAAACCACUGUCAAAGUCUGAUCUAUGUGUGAUAUCAAGUCAAACUGAAGUGAAGAAUGAGAUUACGUAUAUGUCUGGUGACUUGCCUCCGGAUGCUGGAAAUUCCAAUGUCUCUAGAAGCAGAAAUAAAAGCUGUUUUGCACUCUG